AUGGAAACAAGUUAGUUUAGAUAAAAAGGGUCUAAUUCUAAGGUGUCUAACUUUGAAAAUAUUGAGAAUCAAUAUAAUAAAGUAUUUAUAAGGUAUAUAUAUAGAAUCUAAUCAUGCUUACAACUUAAGUUGAAAGACUUACAUAGGCUUUAAAGAAGAAAACAAAUGAGAUUGAAAUACUCUAAAAUUAAAUUGAUACUUAGAAAUCAACUCAAUAUCCAUAAGAGAUGGAAGAAUUGAUUACGGUAUAAUUAAUUUAAAUUUUAGACAGUUGAAGAAUAAACUAAAGAAAUUGAAAAAUGGGCUUAAAAAUAUUAAAAUUUACAAUAAUAGAAUCAGUAAUUGCAAUAGAAAAAUUAGGAACUGGAAUAAAUAGUGUAAUUACUUAAAACUUAAUCUUAAUAAGAGAUUAAAUCAACUGAAAGUGAAUAUUCAUUCCAAUUGAUUAGGUCUUCCAUCUAGACGAUUUUAUUAAUCAGAAAUAAGUAGAAAUGAUAAUAAAUUUGAUCCUGAUGAAACAAAUUACAUUUCAUAAUCAAAACUAUUAUCAAAAUAAGAUGAAAUCAAUUAAUUGAAAUUAUAAUUAGGAUAAUUAAAAUAAGAACUUUUAGAAGAGAAAUAAAUUCAUAGAGAGUUAAUUGAAGCAGAAGAAAUCAGAGUUAGAGAAUAAGAAAGAAAGAAUUUAAAUUAAUAUAAAUUAGAAACUAAAGAAUAAUUAUUAUUAUAUAAAAAUUAAAUAUAGGCAUUAUAAGAUAUGUUAGACAAUAAAUAAUUGGUUUAAUAAUAAGAUAACUUUGAAGAAAAGAAUCGUUAACUUAACUUAUAAAUUUUAGAUAAGAAUAAAAAAAUAGAAUUAUUGGAAAGUCUCAUUACAUAAAAAGAUUAACAAAUAAACUAAUUGUAAUAAUAAUUAGAAAAAUAUCAAAAAGAAUAAGUCCAAUUAAUCAAAUAAUAAUAAUCAUAAAAAUAAUUAACACUACCUAAUUAAUCUUCUACAUAUAGAAUUAUAUCAACUUAACAUUCUUCUUUUGAUAAUAAUUAUUCUUCUUUGGUUAACCUUAACAAAACUAAUUCUAUCUAAGAUUAAAUUAAUCAAACUAUGGCUUAAAUCAAUAGAUCUAUAUAAUAAGUUGAUCAAAUGAAAUAAACAAAUAGCGUUAAUUAAAAACUAAUUCAAGAAUAAUUUAAAUACAAUAAUGUUCCAAAUACUUUAAGGAAUUCACAAAUACCAUAAAUGCAAUCAAAUUUUAAUAUUCCAGAUAAGAUUAAAACUCUCACCUCAUUAUCAUUAUAGUAAAAUAGUUAAAAUUAUAAUAAAUAUAUAUGA